AUGAUUGUCGGGUGGGAAGGCCCCGAUGACCCGGAGAAUCCCAUGAACUGGGCUAGCUCGCGCAAGACAUUUACCAUUCAACCAUACUUCCAACCUCUCGUCCAUCUCGUGGCUAACACGAAAAUCAACAGAUCACUGGCUUCGACCAUCUUCGCGCCGGGUGUGCCCAAACUGAUGGCCGAGUUCGGGUCGACCAGCUCGGAGCUCGCAUCGUUUGUCGUGUCAGCUUACAUUGUGCCCUUCAUCCUCGGACCGCUCGUAUUUGCGCCGUUGAGCGAGCUGUACGGGCGCAACGUGGUCAUGAACUCGUCCAAUGUCGCCUUCCUCAUCUUCACGGUGCUGUGCGCUGUCAGCCAAAACAUGGCCAUGUUCGUCGUGUUCCGGGUGCUGCAGGGUUUGGCCGGUUGCGUGCCCCUGACGCUCGGCGGCGGCACCAUCGCUGACUUGAUGCCAGCCGAGAAGCGCGGCAGGGCCUUGAGCGGUUGGCAGCUCGGCCCGCUGCUGGGUCCUGUUCUCGGUCCUGUCAUUGGGGGUUACAUUGCUCAGGAGGCGGGUUGGCGGUGGAUGUUCUGGCUCGUGGCUAUUCUUUCCGGAAUCCUCGCCGGGGGAUGUCUCCUUGUCCGCGAGACUUACGCCCCGACCCUCCUAGCCCGGAAAGUGGCCCGUCUCCGCAAGGAAACCGGCAACCCCAAUUACACGCUCCCGGCGACGCAGGGGCAGGGCCGGUCUCCGGGCGUCUUGUUCCGCCGAGCUAUCUUCCGACCGCUCAAGAUGCUUUUCCGGUCCCCCAUCGUCUUGUUCAUGGCCCUCGAAGUGUCCAUUGUCUACGCCUACCUCUACCUGCUUUUUACUACCUUCACCUUUGUCUUCCGCGUCCAGUACGGCUUCGGUUCCGGUGCUGCAGGACUCGCAUAUCUCGGGCUCGGUGUCGGUUUUCUCGUCGGUCUCUUCGGGACGGGAUCCACGUCUGACUACAUCGCCAAGAAGCGGGCGGCGGGUGCUGCCAUCAAGCCUGAGCAUCGCCUGCCGCCGCUUAUGUUUGGCGUGAUCCUCGUGCCCCUUGGUCUCUUCUGGUACGGGUGGACGGCCGAGUACAAGGUGCACUGGAUGGCGCCCAUUGCCGGGACAUCGCUCAUCGGUCUCGGUGUGCUCUUUGUUUUCAUGCCCAUCCAGGCCUAUCUCAUCGACGCCUUCACCAUCUACGCCGCCAGCGCCAUCGCCACCAACACCGUCGUAAGGUCCCUCUUUGGCGCAGUCCUGCCCCUGGCCGGUCAGCCCAUGUAUGCCAAGCUGGGACUGGGCUGGGGAAACAGCCUGUUGGCCUUUAUCGCGCUUGCUACCGUUCCUUUGACCUGGGUGCUAAUGAAGAAUGGAGAGCGCAUCCGGUCGAGCCCCUGUUUCAGGGUUGACCUGAAUUAA